AUGAGCGAAGAUAGCAACGAUGCAUUGGUAGAUGAAUUAAACACAGAUAAUGCAGAGAACCAAGCUUGGUUGGUCAAAGUACCAAAGUUUCUUGUCGAUCAUUGGAUGAGUAGAGGUGCAGACGCUGAGAUUGGCAAACUCUACUUUAAGAGUUCAAAUUUAUCAUUGACAAUCUCUGGUACAACCAAUGAAAAUGAAGAGUUUCAAUUGGCAACUACACCAGUGAUAGAAUCGAAUCCUCUCAAGAUCUUUUCAGAGGACAAGGAGAAUGCGUUGGCUCUUGAAGGAAGUGUUGGAUUGAAAUGUGAUAUUAGAAUGAAUGUCGAUUCAAAGGGUUAUCGUGAACUCUGUAGAGGACGUUCAGAAUCGUACAACACAAAGACACGUCAGAGUAAAACAUUAGAGGGUCAUCAAACAUCGAUCUUUAAGAAUCACAACCCCAUCAAACCGACAGUGUCCACGUUGGCCGCUGUAAUGAAAACCAAGAAACAAGAAGACAAGAGAGAACGUAUGGCCGAGGAUGAACUGGUCGAUCUCUUGUUCCAUCUCUUUGAAGAGAAAACUUAUUGGGAUUUAAAGAGUUUAAUUAGUCGUACUGAACAACCUCAAGCAUGGUUAAAACAAGUUUUGGAAAGAAUUUGUAUAUUAAACAAGAGAGGACCACAUAGAAACUAUUAUGAAAUUAAAUCAGAAUAUAAAAACAAUUCAAAACAAUCUGAUUUAAAGGAUUAA